AUGAAACAAGAUGACAGCCAGAAGCACACCCCUCCCUUCCCGUUCCGCCUCUUCCGAAACCGCAUCUGGAAGAACCCCUCCCCGGCGCCUCCUCUAUCAAUUGAGAAUGGGGUUCCCUCGCCACUGGUCAAAUGGGCCGAAGAAAGUUACGUGGUAGCUGCGAUCAAUACUUCCGCUCUGCAAGACCCUGGCCAAGCAAAACGCUUGAUCGCCGCGGUAGUGCAGAUCCUAAAUGAUAAUGCUACAUGCGAUUUGAAGGACCGGGUGGGAUUAGUUGCUGACUGCCUGUCGCUCAAAAUAGCGUAUAGCACAGCAGGAUGGAACAUGGUAGCGCCGCUCCUCAAGGACGUACCAAGUAUUCGAGCGUCUGUGGUAUACGCCACAGUCGAGCAGUUGGACUCAUUGAGCACCGCCUCAGUCCCCACAGUUCAACAUUUCGCUGGCAAAGCAUCACCGAUUAGUCUUCAUAGAGGAAAAGAUCUGAUGCAAUAUAGCUAUCCGGAAGUAGAAAGCGCGCAGUUCAGUCUUCCGUUUCAAGAUGCCUUCCACUACAAUGCGGAGUCAGUGUCGCAUACGCGCAAUCUCACGUUUCUAAAGAACAUUGUUGGAGGGCCAUACUUCGAUCUGGAACAGAUUUGGGACGAGCACACCUACUACGAGUUUGAAAAUCGGUCCGUGGAGCAUACGAUGAGCACGAUGGUUCAAGAGCCUUAUGUGAACCAUGUACCUACACUUACCGGAGGAAUCGGCCGGGAAGAGCUGACUGCUUUUUACCGCGAUCAUUUCAUUUGGAAAAACCCUCAGAGCACGACCCUCGAGCUGAUUAGUCGCACCAUGGGAAUCGACCGAGUGGUUGACGAGUUCAUCUUCAAAUUUCGGCACGAUAGCGAGGUGGACUGGUUAAUUCCGGGCAUUGCGCCUACUUAUAAGGACUUGGAAAUACCUUUCAUGGCAGUGGUCAACAUACGUGGUGAUCGACUUUACCAUGAGCACAUCACUUGGGACCAAGGGACUGUUCUGAUGCAGCUCGGGAUGAUGCCCACUCAUCUCCCGGUUGGUGAAGCUCAGGGAGUUGAGGCGAAAGCCACUUCGAAAGUCCCUGCUUUUGGAAGAGAGACUGCCCAGAAAUUAAGGGACAAGAAUUCGCUAAAUAUGAGCUCUACAGCAAGCCAGCUUGAGGUGCAGGCGAGGUCUUCAACGAACCGCGAUCUAUAUACCUACACGUCCGGUAGAUUUAUUUUCAACGAAUCUCGUCGCCUACAUGAGCGUUAUGUCGAAUUCGAUUCCUGUGCCCUCUUACGAGAAGCAGAGAAAUUAGUCGGCAAUUACCAUGGACCUGCCACGCGUAUCGCGAAGCUGGCUGAAGGUGGCUUCAACCGCGUCUUUCUAAUAACAAUGGACGAUGGUUUUGAGGUUAUUGCAAAAAUACCAUAUCGCCUUGCAGGCCCGAGACAUUAUGCCACCGCUAGCGAAGCCGCAACUCUACAGUUUCUCCACUCCAAAGGCAUUCCGGUUCCUAAGUUAUAUGGGUAUUCGUCAUCGGAGGAUAAUCCUGUCGGUGUAGAAUACAUCGUGAUGGAGAAAGCAAGAGGAGUUGGUUUGCAAAGCAGGUGGCAUACCAUGAGCAAACGUGAGCUGCAUAAGCUCGCAUCAACCUUUGUUGAGAUCGAGAAGAAAUUUUUCAACAUUUCUUUCGGAUCUAUCGGGAGUAUCUACUUUAAAAAAGAUGUUCCGCGGAACCUCCGAGGCGAUUUAUAUGCAGCUCAUGUUCGAAAUGAACCGGACUCCGACAUAUUCUGUAUAGGCCCAACGGCGGAUUAUAUGUUUUGGUACGGGAAGAGAGCUAAUCUGGAUAUCCAUCGAGGUCCCUGGAGUGAUAAUAAGGAGUAUUUGAUGUGUAUCGCACAAAAAGAAGUUGAGUGGGCUCGACGCUUUGGGAAGCCGAUCGAACUGGAUUUUCCGCAUAACGGUGUCUUCCCUGGAACGAAGUCCCCGGCCGAUUAUAUGUCUCUUCUCGACAAAUAUCUUGCCCUAGCCCCGUUCCUUCUCCCCGAGGACAUUAACCAUCGCCUCAAUCAGCCUACGCUUCGUCAUCCCGAUUUGAAUCCCAACAACAUCUUCAUAUCACCGGACUCUGGCGCCAUAUCCUGUCUCAUAGACUGGCAACAUGCUAUUGUGGAGCCAUGUCUACUGGCGGCCGGUUACCCUCGUGUAUUUGAGAAUCCGGACCUCGAGCAGCCGUCUGAUCUUGCGGAGCCAUCACUUCCGGUGAAUUAUGUGACGCUAUCUUCCCAGGACAAGGCUGAAGCCGAUGAGCAUUACCGACGACGCCUCCUGUUUCAUUAUUACCGCAUUUUCAACGGCCACUACAAUAAGCUUCAUCUCGAAGCUUUACGUGAUCCCAUUUUAGCCCCCCCGCCGACAUCUUGUGGACAGGGCUGGACGACAGUGGAAUGGAAAUUUGAUUACAUUGAAAGGAGCCUUGAUCCGGAUUUCGCAAGCGAAGAAGUGGAUGACUUCUACCGCCAGGAACAAACUUGGCUUGAUCUGAACAAGGUUGUAAACCAGUGGCGUGAUCAACUCUAUGGUAUCUCCGAAGAUGGAUGGGUAAGCAUCGAGAAUUAUAACGAGUGCAUGCAGAAAGUUGGUCAACUGAAGGCUUCCCUACUAGCGAGUGCGGAAGGGGACCAGGAGGAUAUCCGGCUCCUGGAAAAGGGAUGGCCGUUCAGAGAUCGUGAAGAGUUUUAUUGA